AUGUCCCCGCUUAUUGACCUUGCCAACCCUGGACGACCCAUCCAUGUCGGAGUAAUUCUGCUUGGGGGCGUCACUGAAAUGCUCGACGUUGGACCGGUCGACCUUCUCAGCGCCAUCAGUUCCUCUUUAAUGAAACACAUGCCCGAUGAAAUCAUACCACCUGAGUUUAAGAAUCAAGCGAUUGACUUUGACUUCCACUGGGUUUCUGAAUCAGGCAAGACACCGAGUCUACUGUCUAGCAACCUCAGUGUGAUCCCAACAGACUCAUUCAAGACAUGCCCGCCCCUAGAUAUUGUCAUCAUGGGUGCCGUAGCAGUAGAUGAACCCAGCGCUGCCGAGAAGGCAUUCAUGCUGAAGAGUUUCGCUGACUGCUCUGCCUUCAUCACCGUCUGCGAAGGUAUGCAGGCACCCUUAAAAGCCGGCAUCUUCGACGGUAAGACGGCCACGGCACCGCGCUUCCGUCUCGAAACACUGCGAAACAUAGCGCCGAGCACCAACUGGGUCGACCAGCGCUGGGUAAACGACGGCAAACUUUGGUCCAGCGGCGCGCUGCUCAAUGGCAUGGAACUCAUGUCGGCGUUUAUUCAACAGACGUGGCCAAGCGGAGAGGGCUCGCUGGUGCGCGAAAUGAUGAAUAAGGCGCAGUGGCCUUCUCGGGACCAGUUCUAUAGGGACGUUGCGCAGUGA